AUGUGGGCCAGCGGAUCGUUCGAACUUGAGCAAGGAAAGCAGCUCAAGAUUGGCCAAGACGUACAGUGCCAUGUAGCUGUGGAAAGCGUUGUUCCGAAGCAAGGUGCCAAGACAGGCCUGAUGGUGCUGGUGACACGGAAGCUGGUCUACGAAAACGCCGAUGGAGUCGUUUUGACCGAGAGGAGGACCCACGUAUACAGAAAGCAGAGACCUGCCGACCAGCGCAAAUACGUGGCACCGCCUGCCGAUCAGACACCAAAAACAUCCGAAGUGGAAGAAAAGCCAUCCGAUUUCGGCUUUGACUACGAUGCUACUCGUGCAGCACUCUUCCGUUACUCUGCCGCAACUUUCAACGCACACCGCAUCCAUCUGGAUCCGGAAUACUGCCGCAACGAAGAGGGACACCCUGACUGCCUCGUUCAUGGCCCAUUGACAGCAACACUGCUCCUCCACUUGGUAGCCACAGCCGCGCGAGAGGCAUCAGGACAGGUCAAGAGGUUUGAAUACCGCGCCACGUCGCCACUGACGGUGGCACAAAAAGUACGACUGCGUGGUGCAUGGCAAGACGCCGACAAGAAGGAGGCUUCGCUAUGGGCCCUCAAUGAAGCCGGUACCGUUUGCAUGACGGCUAAAGCCAGCUUGUUCUAG